AUGAGGAGCAGCAAAUCAAAAGAGGUGCCUUUACCAAAUCCAAGGAACUCUCAAAGCAAGGAUACUGUUCAAGCAGAUAUAACCACAUCGUGGGAUGCACUUUCUCAGACUAAGGCUGCUCUGAGACACAUUGAAAACAAAUUAGAAGUAGCCCCUACAAGUACAGCUGUGUUUGAUUCUGUCAUGGAUACCAAGAAAUCUUCUGCAAGUGCUACCCGAAAAAUAAGUAGAAAAGAUGGUAGAUACCGGGAUGAUUCUUGGGCUGAUGCUCCAACCGCCAAAUCUUGCACAUCACGGAAAGAGAAAUCCCGGAGCCCUCUCAGAGUUACCACCCUGGAGAGCAACGUAAAGAAAAAUAACCGUGUGGAGUUUCGUGAACCUUUGGUUUCUUACAGGGAAAUCCAUGGUACAACUUCCAAUAUAAGUCCUAGCCAUCUAGAGUCAAAACAUGUAUAUUGUGUGGAUGUUAAUGAAGAAAAGCCUGAGAACAGGAACCGGAUGAUAUGCAAUCGAGAAGAACAGAAUAUACAUUGCUGUGAUUUUGAGAGCUCCCAGUCAUCUGUCAUCAAUGAUACAGUGGUUAGGUUUUUAAAUGAUCGACCAGCAAUUGAUGCAUUGCAAAAUUCUGAAUGUUUGAUUAAGAUGGCAGCUCCUGUGAGAACUGAGGAAGAAAAUCCUAAUAGAGCAAAAGGAAAUGAGAAGGCUUCUGUAAGUAACAUGGGCCAUGAUGUUGAUCCAAAAGUGUUACGGAUAACUGACUCUUCUCCAUCCUCUACUAGUACUUCUAAUUCCCAAAGGUUAGAUAUCUUAAAGCAGCGACAACAUGAUGUCAAACUGGAAAAACUCAAGGAGCGAAUAAGGAAACAGUGGGAACACUCAGAAGAAACAAAUGGCCGGGGUCAGAAUCUGGGUCAUAUUGACCAUCCAGUAAUGGUUGUUAAUGUUGAUAACUCAGUGACAGCAAAGGUCAGGAAAGUGGCAACAGCACCACCUGCUCCAACAUAUAAAGGCUUCAAUCCUUCAGAGACCAAGAUUCGAACACCUGAUGGGAAAGUGUGGCAGGAGGCUGAAUUUCAAAACAUGAGUAGAGAAUUGUAUCGAGACUUAGCACUUCACUUUGCAGAUGAUAUCUCUAUGAAAGAGAAACCUGCUGAAAAAAGUAAAGAGAAGAAAGUGGUCAAGCCAGUACGAAAAGUCCAAAAGGUAACACAGUUUUCAAGUCCAGAAGGCAAAACAGGUAGCAGUCGUCUGAUAAGUACAUCCUCUUGGCGAGAUGGACAAAAAUUAGUAAAGAAGAUCCUGGGGCCUGCACCCAGAGUGGAGCAAAAAGAGCGAAGAACAGCAUCAAGUGACAGAAGUGGAAGAGAAAGAACUACUAAAUCUGGGGGUCAUAUUGGAAGAGCAGAAUCUGAUCCUAGAUUGGAUGUUUCACAUAGACAUCUUCCACGAAACUCAGAACGUUCGAGAAGUAGAGCUCGGUGUGAAAAUAAUACAAAGAAAUUAGCUCCAUCUCUUCCAGAUAAUAAACAGGAGGAAAAUACUGCCUUAAAUAAGGACUUUUUACCUCUUGAAAUUCGUGGAAUUCUUGAUGACCUACAGCUGGAUUCUACAGUUCAGGCUGCAAGGCAAGAGACAGGAGAGUUACAGAAUCAGAAGUCAUCAGCACCAGUACAAGCUCCUAGGAGUCACAGCCCAGUAAAAAGAAAACCUGACAAAAUAACAGCUAAUGAAGAUCCCCCUGUUAUUUCCAAAAAGCGCCACUAUGACACAGAUGAGGUACGACAGUACAUUGUUAGACAGCAGGAGGAAAGGAAGAGGAAGCAAAAUGAGGAGAAGAAGGCCCAAAAGGAGGCCACUGAGCAGAAGAACAAACGGUUACAGGAGCUCUAUCGGAAACAGAAAGAAGCCUUUACUAAAGUAAAAAAUGUGCCUCCUUCUGAGCCAUCAGUAACUAGGCGACUGCAGGAUACUUAUUCCAAACUGCUACUAGAAAAGACCUUGCUCGAAGAGCCGCCUCAUCAACAUGUGACACAGGAAACACAGACCAGACCAGGGUAUCAGCCUUCUGGAGAAUCUGACAAAGAAAACAAAGUACAGGAACGUCCCCUAAGUGCAUCUUCUAGUAGUGACAUGUCUCUGUCAGAACCUCCACAGCCUCUUGCAAGAAGGGACUUGAUGGAACCUACAUGGAUGCAGCCUGACAGAUUGAGCCCACGAGUCCAGAAUUCUCAACCACAGCCUCUUGUUGGAACAGCUGGAAAUUUACUCUCCCAUCUCUUGAGUCUAGAGCAUGUAGGAAUUUUGCAUAAGGAUUUUGAAUCUAUCUUACCAACCAGAAAGAAUCAUACUGUGGCCUCAGGGCCACUAACUUUUACACCUCAACCAUAUCUGACCUCACCAGCUGCUCAUCCAGAUGCCUUGUUAAAACCUAGUGCCAGCCAAUAUAAGAGUAAACUGGAUCGUAUUGAAGCCUUGAAAGCAACAGCUGCUUCUUUGUCCAGCAGGAUUGAAAGUGAAGCCAAGAAAUUAGCUGGGGCUAACAUAAACUAUGGGUCAGUCUGGAACGCUGAGUAUGAUAUACAGCAAACACCCCAAGAAGAGGGACCGUGGACCAAGGCUAUAAGUCCACCUGUGAAAGAAGAUACUGAAGAUGUUUUCUCCGCCCGAAUUCAAAAGAUGAUGGGAACCUGUGUAUCUCAUGCAACUUUUGAUGAGGAUCUUCCUGGUGUAGGCAACCUCAGUGAAUUUAAAAAGCUUCCUGAGGUGAUAAGACCUCAUAGUGCCAUAUCAAGGUUCAGAAUGAGAUCCCCUGGUCCCAAACCAGAAGGGCUCCUGGCACAGUUGUGUAAGAGGCGGACUGACUCUUCCAGCUCUGAUAUGCAAGCUUCUCAAGACAAAGCCAAAUUGUCUCUUGGUUCCAGCACAGAUUCAGUCAGCGAAGGGCCUCUUCUUAGUGAGGGGAGUCUUUCUGAAGAAGAGGGAGGCCAAGAUGGACAGCCCACGUUGAAGGUAGCAGAAAUCUUAAAGGAAAAGGAAUUUUGUGCUGGAGAAAGAAAUGGUUAUGAACCCAUAAAAGAGUUUCAGAAAGAAGCUGAAAAAUUCUUGCCACUUUUUGGGCACAUAGGUGGUACACAAAGCAAAGGACCAUGGGAAGAAUUGGCAAAGGGAAGUCCACAUAGUGUCAUUAAUAUUUUUACAAAGUCGUAUCAGUUGUAUGGAAAAGGGUUUGAAGAUAGGUUGGAAAGAGGAACCUCAGCAUCGCGUCCUUUAAAUGUCAUUACAACCCCUCUAAGCAGUGUUUCUUAUGAAGAUGAUUUUGUCUCCUCUCCAGGGAGUGGGACUUUGACAGAAAGAAAAUCAGCUCUUGAACCUAAUAUUAGUGGUAGCAAUUUGGGCGUUCAGGAGGACCAUUCUAGCAGAAAGUCUGCCUAUGAUCUGUCCUCUGUGGAUGUUACCUCCCAGCAUUCGUCAGGAACCCAGUCUGCUGCAUCGUCUCGUUCAUCUACUUCUUCUAAAGGGAAGAAAGGAAAAAAAGAAAAGAUAGAAUGGCUGGAUUCACUCCCUGGAAAUAUUCAGAACUCACUUCUUGACGAGGAGAAGGUACACUCUGGCUCGGAACGUGGCUCUCAUCAAGGAAAGAAAUCUGGGACCAGUAGCAAACUUUCUGUUAAAGAUUAUGAGCAGACUCUUGACACUGAUAGCAUUUUGGAGGAUCUUUCUGGGCAUUCUAUGAGUGUCUCAUCAGACAAGGGAAGAUCUCAGAAAACUCCAACUUCUCCUCCGUCUCCAAGUUCCCAGAAAUUGUUGCAGUUUGACCUUCCAGGAACUUCAUUAGAAAGAUCUAAAUCCUCGGUAAUAACGCCUCCUUCUAUAACAGGAUUUAAGCCUAAUGCACCUUUUACCGAUAUGAACCUUGCUGCCAGCAGAACAACUACAGAGAUGGCCUCAACACCAGGUUCUAAGCGCUUUUCUCCUGCUGGCCUCCAGCAUCGUAUGGCGGCAGAACUCAGUUACCUGAGUGCCAUUGAGGAGUCAGUGCGCCAGCUAUCAGAUGUGGAAAGAGUUAGAGGCAUAUCACUUGCUCAGCAGGAGAGUGUAUCUCUGGCUCAGAUCAUAAAGGCACAGCAGCAACGCCACGAAAGAGACUUGGCCCUUUUGAAAUUGAAGGCUGAACAAGAGGCUUUGGAGUGUCAGAGACAGUUAGAAGAAACCCGAAACAAAGCAGCUCAGGUCCAUGCAGAAUCCAUACAGCAGGUGGUCAAAUCACAAAGGGAAGUAACUGAGGUCCUGCAGGAAGCAACUUGUAAAAUAGCCGCUCACCAAGCAGACACUGCUCGCCUCACCACAGAUGCGGCUCGCCAAAUCUGUGAAAUGGCAGAGUUGACUCGAACUCAUAUCUCAGAUGCCAUCACUGCUUCAGGAGCUCCCCUGGCAACGCUAUACGACCACCACCGACAGCAUGCUCCAGACUUUGUGAAACAGCUGAGGACCAGAGCUGAAACAGAUAGGAAAAGUCAAUCUGUUUCACUCUCUCAGAGUAAAGAAGGGACCCUUGACUCAAAGCAUCAGAAGUAUUCCCCUUCAUUUGAUAGUUAUUCUGAGUCUUCAAGAUACAAGAAUCAUGAUCGAAGAAGUAGUAGUGGUAGCAGCCGUCAAGAAAGCCCUUCAGUUCCAUCUUCUAAGGAAAAUGAGAGGAAACUUCAUGGUGAAAAGAUGGAGAGUUCUAUUGAUGAACAGGUUCAGACUGCUGUGGAUGAUUCUUUACGAAGUGACAGUGUGCCAUCUCUUCCUGAUGAGAAAGAUUCCACUUCUAUUGCAACAGAAUAUUCCCUGAAAUUUGAUGAAUCUAUGACAGAAGAUGAAAUAGAAGAAAAAUCAUUUCGAUCUUUACUACCUUCUGAGAGUCAUCGCAGAUUUAACAUGGAAAAGAAGAGAGGCCAUCAUGAUGACUCUGACGAUGAAGCCUCUCCAGAAAAGGCAACACUGUCUUCUGCCAAGGAGCUGAGCAUGCCAUUCUCAGGAGGACAAGAUAGUUUUUCUAAAUUUACUAUGGAGAUGGUUCGACAGUACAUGAAAGAAGAGGAAAUGAGGGCGGCUCACCAGUCUUCACUCUUGCGUCUCCGUGAGAAAGCCUUGAAGGAGAAAACUAAGGCUGAAUUAGCCUGGCUAGAGCAUCAGAAAAAACAUCUACGAGACAAAGGAGAAGAUGAUAAAAUGCCCCCACUUCGGAAGAAACAGCGCGGUUUGCUUUUAAGGUUGCAGCAAGAGAAGGCAGAAAUUAAACGUCUUCAAGAAGCCAAUAAGGCAGCUCGGAAGGAAAGACAACUGAUUCUGAAACAGCAGGAGGAGAUAGAAAGGAUCCGACAGACCACCAUAAAGUUACAGGAGAAGUUAAAGUCGGCAGGGGAGAAUAAAUUGGACUCCCAUAGUGAUGAUGAUACAAAGGAUAAUAAGGCAACCAGUCCUGGUCCAACUGACUUGGAGACCCGAAGUCCUUCCCCCAUUUCAAUCUCCAGCAGUGAAACUAGCAGCAUUAUGCAGAAACUGAAAAAAAUGAGAAGCCGCAUGGAUGAAAAACACUGCUCUCCUGUUCACUACUUCUUCUCUGUCUUUACGUCUCACCACUGGGCCUCUCUCAGUGUCUGUUUUCCCAACCUUCAUCCCAAAUUCCAGCUGUAUAUCUACAACCAGUUGGUCAGGUUUCUUACAAAGCGAGAGCAAAAACUAAUGCAACGGCGACAACAUGCAGAGGAACUGCUCGAGUGGAAGCGACGUUUGGAUGCAGAGGAAGCCGAAAUUCGUCAAAUGGAAAAACAAGCUUUGGCUGCCUGGGACAAAGAAUUAAUAAAACCUAAAACUCCUAAGAAAGAACUUGAGGACGCGAGAACAGAACAGAAAGAAAUAGCAAGUGAAGCAGAGUCUCCACUACCUUCUUACUCUCACCUACACAGUGAAAGCUCUAUUCCAGAAGAAUUGGGCAGCCCUGCUGUUGGAUAUAUACCAUCUGAGUCUAUAGCUCAGGAGCAGCCAGGGAGUCCAGAUCAUAGUGUACUUACUGAAGAAAUGGUUUUUUCACAAGAACUGGAAUCUUCUACCUCUCCUAGUAAACAUUCACCUCCCAAAAGCUGCACAUCCAUGUCAAAGCAGGAGUCUAGCAAAGGAAGUCAUAGGACUGGAGGACAGUAUCGUCUACCUGUCAAAUCCCAUCAACACUGUUACAGUUGGUCUGAUGAGUCAUUAUCUAUGACACAGUCAGAAACAACAUCUGACCAAAGUGACAUUGAAGGUAGGAUCAGAGCCCUAAAGGAUGAGCUGCGGAAAAGGAAAUCAGUUGUGGACCAGCUGAAGAAGGAACAGAGAAAACGGCAGAAGGAAAGAUUGAAAGCCCAAGAAGCCAGUCUGAUCAAACAGUUAGAGUCAUAUGAUGAAUUCAUUAAGAAAACUGAAGCAGAGCUUAGCCGAGAUUUGGAAACAUCACCAACAGCCAAGCCUCAGAUUAAAACGCUCUCCUCAGCUUCUGAAAAACCCAAGAUCAAGCCCCUUCCAUUACACAGAUCUGAAACAGCAAAGAACUGGAAAUCACUAACAGAAUCAGAACGCUCCAGAGGAUCAUUGGAGUCCAUUGCUGAACAUAUUGAUGCUGCCCUGGCAAGUUCUGAGAGAUCAUUAUCAGAAAGGUCUUUAUCUGCAUAUGCAAAGAGAGUGAUUGAAUUGGAUAGACAAACAGAAGAGCAUUUUCAGACUUCAUCUCCAAUUCUUAGAUCAUCAAGGAGAACCAGAGCAGAAUCUGGAGAUUCUCUAGAAAAUGUACCUUCAUUACCUCUUCUCAAAGAAGUGAAUGCCCCUAAUAGAAUUCUGGAUGUGUCAGAGGCCAAGGUUGAAGAAGACCCUAGUCAAAAAUCAGAAAUACAAGAAGUAGACUAUACAAAACUGGAGGCGAGUGUGAUUGAAGAUGCCUAUUCGAAACAAUCUAGGAAGUCUGACGUCUUACUGAAACUAGACCUGGAACAGGGAGAUUCAUCUGAAAUUCUUUCAAGGAAAGAUCUUCCUUUAGAUUCUGUAAAUGUUCAGAAAGACUUAGUUAGAUUAGCCAUUGAAGAUCUUCAUAGAAAGGAGUUGAAAGAGAAAGAGUCAGAUCAAGAUACAGAUCAUAGUCCAAACAUCAAAUCAGAAAAAGACAUUCAAGAACAAAAGAACAUGAAGGAAAGGGACUUGUCUUUGUUAGAACAUUUUUUUGCUCCUAAAGAGAUAGCAUACUCUGAAGAUUUUAAAGUGUCUUCUUUGAAGAAAGACAUUUCAUCUGAAUUAUACAAAGAUGACUUCGAGGUGUCAUCUUUGUUGUCACUCAGGAAAGACUCUCAGUCUUGCAGAGACGAAUCACAGCCAACCAGGAACUCUACAAGUAGAGCCAUUAGCUUUGGCAGUGAUGAUGAAAUCAGUGAGUGCCUCAGUGAGAAAAGCCUUUCUGUUCGUAGCAGUGUCCACUCUGAGAGGCUGUUGGAACUCAAGUCCCCUACUGAGCUUAUGAAAAGUAAGGAGUGCAGUGAUGUAGAGCAUGAACAGGGAGUUACGGAGUCCCCUUCCUUGGUUUCAGUUUCUGUGGCAGAUGAGUUACAUGAUUUCCACAUUGGUGAUAGGGUGUUGAUUGGCAAUGUUCAGCCAGGAACUCUUCGAUUCAAAGGUGUGACUAGUUUUGCUAAAGGAUUUUGGGCUGGAGUGGAGUUGGAUAAAGCUGAAGGAAAUAACAAUGGAACAUAUGAUGGCAUUGUAUACUUUGUGUGCAAAGAGAAGCAUGGUAUUUUUGCUCCUCCUCAAAAAAUAUCUCAUAUUCCAGAAAACUUUGAUGACUGUGUAGACAUAAAUGAAGAUGAAGAGUCUUACUCAGAUGGACAGUAUCAAUACUAUAAUCAAGAACAAAAAGAUAGAACAGAUUCCAAGUUUGAUAGAGAAGAGGAUGCAGUUGAAUAUUUUUAUGAGAACUCUCUACCUAGUAUGCACGAUAUAGAAGCCUCACUUGAUAGAAGCCUUAAAAUAGAAACAGACAACAUUCAGGACAUUUCUGGAGUACUUGAAGCCCAUGUUCACCAGCAGUCCUCGGUGGAUUCACUGAUCUGUUCAAAGGAAAACAAAGACCUUGUUUCUGGUGCCACAGAAAAGGUUUCCAUUGCUGUAGAAGGCGAUACUUUAGAUAAUAACUUUUCUGAAGAGUUAAAGAAGCAACAGCAGUUUACAGAAAAGGAAGAGAACCUAUAUCCUGAGGUCUCGGAAAAGCUUUCUACUCCACUUCUGGAUCUUUUAACAAGAGAAAAGAACCAAUUGGAAGCCCAGCUGAGGUCAUCACAAAGUGAGGGAAAAAAGUCAAAGCAACAGCUAGAAAAAGUCAGCUUACUGACAGACAGUUUACUAACAGUCUUUGUGAAGGACACGGUCAAUCAACUACAGGAAAUCAAAAAAGCUAGGAAUGAGAAAAUCCAGCUUAGCAAUCAGGAGCUUCUUGAUGAUGAUCAAAAGAAAGUACUGCCCCAAGCCCUAUCCCCAAAUCAUGAGGAGCAAUCAUCAGGUGUUCCAGGUUGCUUCUUAAGGUCUGAAUUGGAAGAUGAAAAAGAAGAGAUUUCUUCACCAGAUAUAUGCCCCAGACCUGAGAGUCCAGUAUUUGGUGCCAGUGGGCAGGAAGAACUUGCGAAGAGACUUGCUGAACUUGAGAUCAGCCGGGAGUUCCUGAGCGUGUUAGGAGAUGAUCAAGACUGGUUUGAUGAAGACUUUGGUUUGAGCUCUUCUCACAAGAUCCCCAAAAAUAAGGCAGAAGAAACAAUUGUACCUUUAAUGGCAGAACCUAAAAGAGCUCCCCAGAAGCCAUGUGAAACACUAUUGGCAGUUCCACAUACUACAGAGGAAGUAGAAAUUCUUGUACAUAAUGCAGCAGAAGAACUGUGGAAAUGGAAAGAAUUAGGUCAUGAUCCUCAUAGCAUCAGCAUUCCUACAAAACUGCUUGGCUGUGCCAGUAAGGGUCUAGAUAUAGAAAGCACUAGUAAAAGAGUCUACAAACAGGCGGUUUUUGAUUUAACAAAAGAGAUUUUUGAGGAAAUAUUUGCAGAGGAUCCCAACUUAAAUCAGCCUGUCUGGAUGAAGCCAUGUAGAAUCAACUCCAGUUAUUUCCGACGAGUGAAAAAUCCAAAUAACCUUGAUGAAAUCAAGAACUUCAUAGCCACAGAAGUACUCAAGUUGUUUAGUCUUAAAAAGGAACCAAACCACAAAACAGAUUGGCAGAAAAUGAUGAAAUUUGGAAGAAAGAAAAGAGAUCGAGUGGAUCAUAUCCUGGUCAGUGCAUAUAACUAA